AUCUACAUCUUUUCAUUAAUGACUACUUUUGGGGUCUGCCAUGUAAUCAUUUUUGAAUAUUGCUAACUGACCUAUUGUCUAUCUAGUUUUCUCCAUCCUUUCCACAAAUAUAGUAUGAAACCUAUACUUUAUUGAAUCCUUUGCUGACACAGGUUCAUAUUUGAGCAUCCAUAUACACAACGGCAGUUCAGGUUUAUUGAAAGCAAAUUGCUAGACAAGGGAAUGAAUACAAAAGAACAGUGAUAUUCUAAAUGUUAAUUUAAGAUUCCUCCCCUAUCCCCAAAAGAUAAAGGAAGCUAGUUGUAAAUGAAUAGGUUCUAUACAGCAUCUAGAAUCGAAUACUUAGAAUGUACGCAAAUACCAGUGAAAAAUAUUUUUAAGUUCUCACUUUCUGCUGUAUUGAUUUGAAAGCAAAAUGGAAAAAUAUGCAUUGUUAUUACCCUCCUUGACCACUAGAGGGUGUGCUUUUGUUAAAAUCAAAUGCUAAUUGAAUUUAUACAGCGUCUUGGGAAGCUCUUCAAAUGAGCUUUUCAUGAUAAAUGAGAAAAGUGUCGAUGUAGAAAAGUUGAAGUGGAGUUGAGCUGCUUUUUAGAUAUCAUUGAGAGAGCAUUUAUUAAUCUGCCAGGCAUUGUAUAAGGCAGCACAAAAAGAUCUGAUUUUUCAAGGACCUCUCUGGUUGAGGAAAUAGCAUAUACGACAAUAAUUUUUAUACAAAAUCCAUGCACAGCAAAACCAAAAUAAUUUCAGAUAGAGUGGAUAUUAAUAAUUGGACAAUGACCAAGGCUUCUUCAGGAGGGGCUAUGUAUGAUACAUUGGUCUAGGAGGAAAGGGAUUCCAGGCAUAGGAAUUCCUAUGCCUGGAACACUCUUUGUAAAAGGCACACUGGUGAAUUAUAGCAUGUGAGGUAGAGGAAUUAAGCAGCUAGUGUGUCUGGGAAGCUGAGGCUGUAUACAAAGCCUUUCUGAAGGAUGGGAUGAAGAGGGGAGACGAUUGAAGAUAGGAUUUCAAUUAGAAACCUAGUAAAUCACACUUUUUUUUUAUUAACUGUGCUGGUUUUUGAGAUACAAAGAAAGGCAAAAACACUUAACAUGAUCUCUGCCCUCAAGAAACUUUCAUAAUGGGUGGGGGAGGGACAGCUUGUUUUUGAAAAGGGAUUUCCUUUUUAUUAAAAAAAUUUUUUUUAUUUCUCAAGUAAUGAGUAUUUUUUAAAUUAGCAUUUUUCUUCUCCCAAGCCCCUCUCUGAACAAGUAAAUGCUGAAAAACAUCUUAAUGUAUAUUAGUCAAGCAAAACAAAUUAUUCAUUGAUGUGACCAAAAAAAAAAAAAAAAAGUAUGUCUCUACAUUUCAAGCUAAUCACUUCUUUUAAUAGUUUUCAGAUCCAAGUUAUGGACAAAAACUCAUUUGGACUAUGUAUUUAUCAGCUAGACUACCUAAAUAUUAACAAUGGAUAAAUGCAAGCAUGUUGGGCGGCUUCGGCUUGCUCAAGAUCAUUCCAUCCUCAAUCCUCAAAAAUGGCAUUGUGUGGAUUGUAAUACAACAGAUUCAGUGUGGGCUUGCCUUAGCUGUUCACACGUGGCAUGUGGAAGAUACAUUGAAGAACAUGCACUCAAGCACUUUCAGGACAGUAACCACCCAGUAGCAUUGGAGGUGAAUGAGUUGUAUGUUUUCUGUUAUCUUUGUGAUGACUAUGUUCUUAAUGAUAAUGCAACCGGUGACUUGAAAUUAUUACGGAGUACCCUGAGUGCAAUCAAAAGUCAGAAUUAUAACUGUACUACUCGGAGUGGAAGGAUUUUACGUUCUAUGGGUACCAGUGAUGACACUUACCCUUCACAUGGUGGUGCCCAAGCUCUCCUUCGAAAUGAAGAUCAAAUGUUCACUGCUCUUUGGCAUAGGAGACGGAUGUUAAUGGGCAAAGUAUUUAGAUCUUGGUAUGAACAAACUCCCAUUGGAAAAAGGCAAUUAGAAGAAGAAAAACUUCAGGAAGAAGCAGAAGCCAAGAGAGAAGAAGCAAGAAGACGACGACAGGAACUGAAGCGUCAGUUUAAGGCAGAAAUGGAGCGAAUGCCUCCAAGAAAAAGUUCACGUUUGCAAGGCCUUGCCAAAUCUGGUGUUACGGAAAUACUCCCUCUAAAGAAACUUGUUCGGAGCCCAGCAUCACCAGUGAUUGGUAAAAAAGUGUCUACCUCACAUGAAAUAAGAUUAAAAAAAGUGAGUGAUUCUCCCAUCAAACGAAGACCAACAGUGACUCCUGGGGUAACAGGAUUGAGGAAUUUGGGUAAUACCUGCUAUAUGAAUUCUAUCUUGCAGGUAUUAAGUCAUUUACUUAUUUUUCGACAGUGUUUUUUAAAAUUGGAUCUGAACCAAACUCAAGAAUUGCUGGCUACAGCUGCUAGUGGGAAGACUAGAUCUUCUUGUAAACAUCCACCAGUCACAGAUUCUGUGUUUCACAUAAAAGAAAAUCAAGAAAAAUACAAAGGCUCUCCUGGGUUAAGACGCUCAAGUCUGUCUUCAGGUUUAAGUGGUGGUGCAUCUAAAAGCAGGAGCAUGGAACUUAUUCAGCCCAGGGAGCCAAGUUCCAAAUACAUUUCUCUUUGCCAUGAACUGCAUACUCUUUUCCAAGUUAUGUGGUCUGGAAAAUGGGCAUUGGUGUCGCCUUUUGCCAUGCUACAUUCAGUAUGGAGGCUAAUACCAGCGUUCCGUGGUUAUGCCCAGCAAGAUGCUCAGGAAUUCCUCUGUGAACUUUUGGAUAAAGUACAGCAUGAACUAGAGACGACAGGUACCAGGUAUCCAGCUCUCAUCCCCAGUUCUCAAAAGAAACUUAUCAAACAGGUUUUGAAUGUGGUGAAUACCAUCUUUCAUGGACAGCUUCUUAGUCAGGUUACAUGUCUUGCAUGUGAUAAUAAGUCAAAUACAGUCGAACCUUUCUGGGACCUGUCACUGGAAUUUCCUGAAAGAUACCACUGUAAUGGAAAAGAAAUGGCUGCCCAGUAUCCAUGCUUGGUUACAGAAAUGUUGGCCAAGUUCACAGAAACUGAAGCUUUAGAAGGAAAAAUAUAUGUGUGUGACCAGUGUAACACAAAGCGCAGGAAAUUUUCUUCAAAACCAGUUAUACUCACAGAGGCCCAGAAACAGCUUAUGGUGUGUCGGCUGCCUCAAGUUCUGAGACUACAUCUUAAACGAUUCAGGUGGUCAGGGCGUAAUCAUCGAGAGAAAAUAGGAGUACAUGUUGGUUUUGAUGAAAUUCUAAACAUGGAGCCAUAUUGCUACAGAGAGUCUUUAAAGUCCCUCAGACCAGAAUGUUUCAUCUAUGACUUGUCUGCUGUUGUCAUGCAUCAUGGGAAAGGGUUUGGCUCAGGACACUAUACUGCAUACUGCUACAACUCUGAAGGAGGAUUCUGGGUACACUGCAAUGAUUCCAAGCUUAACAUGUGCACUCUGGAAGAAGUGUGUAAGGCCCAAGCUUACAUCUUAUUUUAUACCCAGCGAGCUCCUCAGGAGGACGAAUAUUCGAGACUCUCAGCUCCCGAAUUAUUGUCUCCCAGUCCACAGCCGGCCAGGGAAGAAGCCAGCCCACCUCUGAGUGCCAGAAGGAGCUGAUCCAAAGACAGUGACUUACUAUGGUGGCUUGGGGCCUUAUGCUUUGAAUCCGGCUGAGGUAGGGGGUUUGUUUUGUACUUUCUCUUGUGAAUCAGUGUACACUAUGUUUAUAUAUUUUGUAUCUAGCAGAACAAAGCAUUCUUUUUACAGAAACAAAGUUGAUAUAAAUUAACACUUGUAUAUUGACAGUAGGUAACUUUUAAACAUUUUUUAAAGUACCUGGAGUUUUCUUAUACAGCUGUUCUAUUUUGUUUUGUUUUUUAAAAAAAGUCUUUAAAUUUUUAAUGUUUACCUCAGACUGGUGUUCAUUCUUUUUUAUCUUUUUUUUUUUUUUUAAAUCAUGGAUUUUUAUGAGACUGUCACUAAAAUUCUGGUUACACCAUUUUAUGUACAUUUGUUAUUGCAUGCCUUUUUAAAGGCUAUUCCUACAGGGCUAAAUCUUUUAGGUAUGAAGAUAGACCACUUCACCAAAAAAGGGUUUCUUUUAGGCCAGCUCUACAAUUCUGAGCACCGACAUGUGCAGGACUCUAGAAGAUGCAAAAACAAGCUGUUCUCGAAGGCCUUAGUCACUUGAACAAUUAAAUCUUUUUCAUAAAUUAGCAGGUGACUUUUGGUUAUAUUCUAGACAGUCAAAUAAGUGACUGCAUGGCCUAGUUCUGAUAGACCUGGCUACGUAGGAAUGUUUUGUUUUGAAAUACUAGAGCAAAGGAAAACUGUUCUUGACUGGGCAUAUUCACGUGUCCAAAUGAACAACAGGCAGCUUAUAUAACCUUUGUAUAUGUGAGUGAGCUUAGUAUUGUGGGUAUUGGGAAGAAUUGAGGAGGAUGACAGCCACGACGGGAAGGAUUUUGUAUCUUAUUUGUACAAAAUGACUUGUGAAUUUAAAUGUUCCAAUAAGGCACACUAUCCCUGCAACCAGAAAAUGUGAAUUUAGUGACCAAUAUACAGAGAUCACAAGACAAAGCCUAAAUACAAUAGUCUAAAACUAAGUCUCAGAAGGUCCUAGCAAUUUCUUGCUUGGAAAGGACAGAUCUCCUAAGGAAGCUUAGUAGUUUGGGUGAAUCAGAAUGGGAAGUUUUUAAGGAAUUAUGGAGGGCAUAAAAGAAAACCAUUCGUUCAAAAACGUAUUUGUGAGAAUCAGUGUAUUAUUACCAUGCUGCACUUUGUAUCUCUCUUAAUGACCGAGUGGAUUGUUUGUUCUCUUGCUCUCAGUAUCUCAAGUAGGGGUUGUAGAUGCUACCCCACAAUAGCAUAAGCCCAAAUAUGACACAAGUUCCUUAUCUUUUAUAGUAUCUUCCUUUUUAAAAGGUAAUGUUUCGAGGGACCUAAAUUGGUUAAGGUCUCUACUUACCUUUCCUUGUACUUCAUUUCAAGGGUUGGCUCUUACCAUGAGCACGUAAGGAUGAACUUAAUCCCGUUAGGCCAGCCUACUUCCCUUCCACCUUGAAAUUCAUAGACCCCAUGGUUUUUUCUUUCAAAAGUUCUUCUAAUUUUGCUGCCUCUUGAGGAAUGGGAAAAUGUGACCUAGCCUAGUAUUAAACCUUAUAUACAGUUGCUCUCUUUUGGGAGUGCUCGCCUUAAGCACAGGAGGAAGAUGAAGAUUCCCUCCCCACUCCUACCAUUACACUGUUGUUAUAUGCCUCCAGCAUUUCUCCAAAAUUAAACACAAAUGGGGAGAAACAACUCUGAAAAACUCACAUUCAGAAACAGAUUUGGGGAAAGUGGCAACACUUCACCCAAUUCUGUUGUGAUGAGAAUUUACCACUGAACUAAGGAAAAGGAUUUGUGCCAAAAUACAACUUGAGUAUUAGCUAAAUGCUAGGGUUUGAAAUUGUUUGUUUCAUUAAAAACCUAUGCAAGUUGUUACCUCAACUGUUAGAUAAUUAUACCUCAAUAAAACUUAAUGUGGGCAA